CGUUGAGACAUGGUGGGGAGAAGAGGAAAUGGAUAAGACGAGAAGACGACGACGACAGCAAUUUACACUCUCUCUUUUUUUUCCCACAAGAAAGAAGAAGUCUUUGUGUUAAGUCGAAAUGUCGGCUAUGUGCGCACAACUUGGAGCAGGUCCUUCCAAUGCAACUUUGCAGCGAUGUUCUCAAGUGAUCAAAUUGGGCCGACGAGAAUGGAGAAAGCAGACAACCCAACCUUCCAUAGUGAGACUGAGACUGAGCUGCACGAUGUCAAACCAAGAAAAGAAGGGGGAGAGUCGACGUUUGUUCUCCAUCUCUAUCGUCUUCCUUCAUUUCAUCUCUUCUGCCCCGCAUCAUGUAAUGGCUGGCACCAUUUUAGACAAGUAUCUUAAGAGAAAAAAGCUUGACCCGCUAGAGACUUAUGUUCCUGCUGUUAUAUUGACUCAGAUCCAGAUUAAAGAAUUAGGGAAAUCUUUGGAAGCUAGUAAGCCUGAAUAUUCCACUUGUCGGAACGUACUACGUUCUGGUCCUGCAGCAUCUCUUCGUGUGAAUAUUCGUGCAGUAGCACAAUAUGCUUCUGAGUCUGGAAACACUAAAAAUGCUUUCAACAAUGUUGAGGAGUGCCUCAGAGCCUUGGAGGAACUCGACAACCUCUUUCUCCGCGCUUCGAGGAACGAUCGAGGAGCCUCAACAGAAUCAAUGAAAGUAAAUAUUAACAAAGCUGUUGAUGCUUUGGAAAGCCUUAUUCAAACUGUUCCUCCCGGCGUGCUGGAAAAAGGGAAGGCUAUAGCCGAUGCAUAUAUGUCCUCGGAUGAUGAAGAUACAUAUACAAAUACAAUGGCACCUGAAAAAAUGGACCCCGAGAUACAACAAUUGGAAUCUAUAUUGUCAUGAUCCUGUAAAACCUUCCAUCAUUCUAUAUAUCUAUGUAUGAACUUCUCGAUUGUGAUUCAAAACGUAGAGCCCGAGAUUCUAUCAUUCUGUUAACAGGAAAGAAACCACUAAAAAGAAUCAAACAAGACCUUAGUUGGAUUGUUUGGUUCCUAAUAAUAUAAAGUUUAUUAUUUAAUUUUUGGACAAUAAAAUGAUUGGAAUGUAAAGCUACCUGUUGACAAGAACACAUUUGACAAGCUCAUUUUGGUGUGCCAGAUUUCGUUUGUUGUCUUCA